UCUGAGCUGCUCUUUGCUUCUUAGCCCAGCAAGACGCGAAGUCGCCCGAGUGGCGGCUCGGAGCUUUUCCCCGGGGCCGGCUCAAGGCGGGCGCGAUUAUUGCUCGGAACCGGUCCAGGUGCCCCCCCCCCCUUGGCUCCCCCCAGGGUCGCUGCCGGUAGCUCUGCCCGCCGCCUCCACCUGCCCCGCAUGCAGCCUCCUCUGGCCAAGAGGCGGGCGGUGGGGGGCGCGGACCCUCUGCCCGGGGGCCCCGCCGUGGUCAUGGUCCGCCGAGCCGUGCCGCCCCCGCUGUGGUCCGGCAACGAGCGGCUCCGCAUCGGGGAGCGCCUGCAGGCCAGCCUGGCCGGGCUGUUGGAGCUGGAUCUGCUGCGGGAGACGCAGAAGCGGGUCGUAGAGCGCGCUCUGGAAGGUGGGGACCGGCAACAGGAAAAUGGAAGCCUCCUGGGUAGCAGUGACCUGUCACCUGCAGUCAAGUUGGACCGCAGCAAAUCUGAGGACCUUCUUGGGUCUCCCAAGAAACCUUGCGUUUCCUACAGCUCAUCGGAGAACAUUGAGGCAGCUUCUGGAGCCCUUCGUGUCCAGUCAGGAGAGAGAACUCAAACAGGCUGCCUUGGCUUACGGAUGGUCAGUGAACAGCUUUUCUUCCCCAAGAAAGCUGGAGUCAAUGGAGGAGAUGCCCAGGAGAUCAUGGAGGCAGACUCCCGGCCCAGCUCAGGGUUUUAUGAGACCAGCGAGAUGGGCUCUCUUUCGGAUUCCUGCGCCUCUGUACAAAGUGAUGGGCCUGGGGAUUCACGGUGCAGCGUCGGCUCCCUCUCUCACCUGCCAGGCUUUCGGGAUAGCACUUUUAUCCGGCCACGCUCUACAGAUGAGGCUGCUGUUCGUCUCCUGGACCUCCAGCUGCAGCGAUUCACAUUGGCAAAUGGUUCCGGCCCUGACAGUAGGAGGCCUGUCUCAACAGGUGACCUUGAGUUCCUCUUGGGCCUUGGAGACUUGUCCCUACCACUGUCAAAGAACCCGAGCCUUCAGCUGAUGCAAUACAAGUCAGACCUCGUCUCUCGGAACACCAGCGAAAUCUACCACUACCCCAGCCCUUUGCACGCCGUGGCAUUGCAGAGCCCCUUGUUCACCAGCAGCCUCUCCCAGAGCUCAUCACAGGAGGAACUUGACGAGGGUCCCGUGGAGCUGGCCAGGGUCACCACUCCGGAGAGAGCACCCCUGUCCUCCAAGGAGCAGCAGAGAGCCCUGCUGGACCGCUACAUUGCCAAAUUGGUGUUGCGGUACAAGUGUCGUUCAGUGGUGAGCAGGUCAGAGGUGGGGUUUCUCGCCGGAAGCCAGAAGAGCUUGUCGAUGUCCUCCGUCUGCAGUUCUGUGCUGGGCGCCAGUCAACUCCUCGCGUCGGCACCGGGGUGGAAGAUCCGGCGGCGCAUCUCUACCUGCUCCCACUUUCGCUCACCGGAAGGCUCAGAGGGGACGCAAGAUUCUCAGGUCUUGGAUGGCCACGGAGACUUCUCCAUGUUUCCAGAGAUCAGCUCCAUCCAAUCCAGCACUACCAACCUCUCCAAGGCUAGCGAGCCUUCAGUAAUGUCCCUUCCUGAUCCUCUCCCACUAUACCGAGAGCCAUCUCUAACCUCCUGUCCAAAGAAGCCGCCUGGUGGAUUGGGAAGAGGGGCUGUUGAUUUGGUCGACCGCACCCCACGUUACAUCGUGCAAGUGGAGUCUCCCGUCCGAAAGGUUCUGACACUUCCCCAGGCCGCCAUGGACUUGGACAAGCUGUACAAAGGUAAACAUGCUUCCCGAGAACUGGUGAAGACCGCGGAGAAGCCGGAAAAGCCUACGGAACGAAACUGGCUGAGUCCUCGGGAACUCCUGCGCAAGCUCAGCCUCCGUCGCAAACCAUCCAAUCGGAUGGCGAGCAGGGCUCGAGCCAGCUCGGAAAUCAAUGUCCAUGCGGCAGCAGGGCUGGCAUGUCACGGUGACCCACAAGUUGGUAAAGGCAAAGCGGUCAAGACAAAAUGGGCAUCCGUCCUAGAGAUCUCUAACAAGGCCCCUGGGCGUCACAGGAUGAAAGCUGGUGCCUUUCACCCACCUCACCCGCUGCACCGCCAUCUUGCCUUCUCGGCUGACUCUCCGGCAACCUUUUGCUUCCUGGGGGGCAGUCAUUUGGACCUGCCGCCCCGGCAGCAGGCUGGCUUUGCCGGCCGUGGCUCUGGUCUUGGUGAGGCAGAUGCCACAAGCGCCAUCAGCCUGAACGGUGACUGGAUUCUCCAUCAUCUUGGCGAUCGAUGGCCCCACGGCUCCGCCACCUUAGACUCUGCUGACCUGCCAGUGGGUAGUUUCAAGCUUCGCCGCAGUCGCUCAUUUAAGGAGCUCAAGAGGAUGAUGUCCCGCUCCCUCAAGGGUGCCAGAACCCCCAAGUGAUCUCUCUGUCCUCUGAUAUCACUCGAAUGAGCUUGGAAGACUGGGUGAUAGAUGUUUGUUCCUUUCACUGUUACUAUGCUUCUGAAAAGACAUCUUGUGUACUGUAGCCUGACAAGGCUUCUUCUUGACUUGGACAAAUGGAGUUUCCUCUGGAGCCCCUUCCUUUCACCCUGCACCUACAUUUUUGUAACCCCACCCCGUUUUCUACUGUGGAUGAUCUUGCAUUGAUAUAUUGAUUCUGAUCUAUCUGGAUUCAUGGUUGGCCUAGAUGACUGAAAAAAAGAGGAGUUCCUCUUCAGAAAUCACUCCGAACGGUACUCGAUGAGAAGAGGAAAGUCAUGCGACAGCUCUUUCCUAACCUUUCCUCUGACAAGGUUUUCAAGUGUUUGCAGUGUACCAUGUUCAAGAGCAGAAAGAGACUGUUCCCUGUUCCAUUUAAAAAGAAAUUGUUCUUUCCUAAAGUUCUCUUUUCAAAAGGUUCCUCUUUCUGACCGUGGAAGAAGGGCUGAGGCCUACACAGAUCGUAGCCCACAAAGCACAAAGUGGUUUUCUCCUCCCCCCGCCCCAUUUUUCAGUCCAAGAAAGUAAAAAAAAAAAAAAGAGAGAGAGAGAAAGGAGUCAAAUAUCCAGCCAGCCAAUGUAGACGAUGGGUGUUGGGCCACGUUUAACUUUGUGAUUUGCCGAUUGUGGAAGCCUGAUUGUCGUAUCAAAGAAUGUACAUUUUGUCCUGGAAACUUUGCAGGAGUUCGGUGUCUUGGCUUUUUGACUGGUUCUUCAAGUCUGAAAUUGAUACGGCUUUUCUCUGUACUGUUAAUAUACUGCCCUUUUCCAAUAUGAGUAUUGAUUUGUGUUAGAAAAGCAACCUCAUAACUGAUCCCAAUGAAUGUGGGGCGGGGGUUUGCUUUUCCUACUUCAGGCUUUGUCAAGGAACAUGCAAAUAUCUUUUGAAAAAUUUCUCUUUGGUAUUCCAACCAUGUUUAAAGGAAGGGGAUGCUAGGUUACCCAAAUCCUUAUAGUACAAAGUACCAAUUUAACUUUUGUUUUAAAAAAUUCUGUUGCUGUCAAAAACUGUGGACCUCAAUUUUUUUUCUAAAUGUAUACUGUUGAGGAUAGACUUUUAAAAAAGAAUCAAACCUGGUAUUUCUCCCUCAGUGCUGUGAGAAACUGCUAAGACUGUAACAGUGGGAUAUUUAAGCCCUCAGUGUAAUGUUGUUUCUAAAUGGAGGAGUUAUUUUCAGGUGUCCUUUAAAGUUCAUACCUGACACCAGGGCUUUGUGUAUGGUGAGCAAUAAAUAAAAAUUAUGUGCUAUGGUAACUCA